CACGUGAGAACCACGUACAAAAUCGUUGACAGAUAUAAGCGCCUCUGCCUAUAUAAUUAAGAAACUCACGGGUCGAUUUUCUGUACAUCAACAUAUCCUUAUAAUAUAUACUGUCAGUCUCAUUUGGUCCUGUCAGCUGGUGAAGAAGGGGAGAGUAGAACGAUAAAAAUGUCGUUCGCUGAGAAAAUAUCAUCGAUUAUGCAAAGACCAGGACAGGACCCUGUUGCCAAGGACGAUGUACCUUGGUGGAUGAAAUAUGCUGGUCGAGGACUCGGAACUGUGGGUAGUAUAAUUGCAAUUUUUCUUGGAGUAUGGAAUUGUGCAUCAAUAUUAUUGGGUUCUGUAGAUUGCCUAAUAAGUGGUAUGUGGCAAAUGGUAGCUGGUUUUAUAGUUAUAAUGAUAGAAGCACCAUGUUGCUGUCUAUUUAUUGAUUUUGUACAAAACUUAAGUGAUUGGGUGGAAAAGAGACCUUAUUGGAAUAGAGCAGUUGCAUAUUGUUUAAUAGCACUUCCUUCAGUCUUCCUUUGUUUAGGAAUGAGUAGUCUAUUUGGCAGUGGUCUAAUAUUUGCAACAGGUGUAAUAUAUGGAUUAAUGUCACUUGGACGAAAAGGAACCAGGCCCGACCCAGCAGGAAUAACGUCGGGUGUGAGUUCCCCACAGGGUACAGUACCUCCUACUACAGAUCACCAUACUACUCUCGUGGAGGAUCCUGAUGUCUGGAGGCCUACAUAAAUCAUCAAACAUUCAUUGCACCACUUCUCUAACCAGGGCACCUUUCCGUGAAAUGAGAUCAGCAGCGACGAAUAUUGAGGUUCCUUCAUCGAGUAUGCAAGCUACACUUGUUGAAAAUGCUCAACCAAUGGGUUUUUCCAAUAAACCAGAUAGUAAUGUUUAAAUUUAAAGAAUUAAUUGGCAAAAGAAAAGUUUUGGUGUGAAUGGCGAUGAAUGUUGGCGAUUUGAUGAAAUCAAUAACUGAGCUCAUAAAUAUGUAUUAUUUGAAACAUUAUUUAAUUCCAUUAAUAUUUUAAUAUUUCAUCAUUUCCAGCUUAUGAUUUUGUAAAUUGUUAUUUUUACUGAAAUAUAAAUAAAAUAGUAGCCCAUUUUUUCUUUUAAAUAAUUCAUAAUUUAAUUUCUUUUGUGAAAUUUGACAUUAGUACUAUAUUAUUAAUAUUAUUAUAUUAUUUAAACUACUAUUAUCAUUUAUAAAAAUUAUAUGAUUUUAAUUUGUCACUUGAAAUAAUGCCAAAGACUGCUAUAAAAAUUAUAUUUUGAAAUUAUUUAUGGGCUCAGUUUUCCUAUUUGUCUAAUGUGUGUCAUAAUGUUUCAAUAAUGAAAUUUAUGAAUGAAAAAAAACAAUCCUAUGUUAAUUGAUUUUGGAUGUAGUUAUCUUUAAAUUUUAUGUUUUGAGGUAAUAAAUUGUAAUAUUUUGAACUAAAAUAA